UGGUGUUAGUGUGCAUUUGUGUUCUUUAGCGUGUGCUUCUCCACGUCUUCCUGCUGCCGCUGCCUGUGUGUGUCCGCGUGUGCACUUCCAUUUCAUUCUUCCUCCCUGCCCCUCUGCGUCUCUUACUCUCUGUGUGACUUGUGUUUACACGUGUGUGCUUAGCGUGUGUGUCCAUAGCUUUCUGUUCUCUCUCUCUCUCUCUCUCUCUCUCUCUCUCUCUCUCUCUCUCUCGUGCAUGUGUCUCUCUGUUCACACCAGAGCCUGUCCGGCAGGGCAGCGGAUGUGUGAGGGAUGAUUCAGUGGCUGACAGGAAGCCUGCCGCCUUGCUUGCUGCCCACAAGUAUCUGUGGUGUUGGCGUCAGCUCCUGCAGGUGUGUGGGCUCAAGAUGAGGUGGCCGCAGUGAAGAGCCCUCAACUCUCAGGAAAAGUGCACAGGAGCCGACAUGAGUGCAGAGACGGAGCUGCUGUGGCCCGGGGUGGCCUUCCUGCUGCUGCUGGGCGCGGUGGCCAGCCUGUGUGUUCGCUGCUCCCGCUCAGGUGCGAAGCGACCGGAGAAAAUUUAUGAGCAGAGGAACCUGCAAGAGAAUCAACAGAGCUUUGCAGUGACCGGGACCUAUUCCUUGGCCAGGCCCCUGAUGGACACAGCCUCUGACCUGGCACCAACAAGGAAGGAUAAGCUGCUGCAGUUCUCCCCCAGCCUCGAGGAUUCUGCAUCACCAAGGUACCUGAACUUCAGCAAAGGACGCAGACACGGAUCAGAUGCCUCCUACAUAGACCCCAUCAUGGAGUAUUUCAACUGGGAGCGGUCCCAGAAGCAGCAGGGAGCAGAUGACGAGGAUGCUAACUCCUACGAGAACGUGCUCAUCUGCAAGCAGAAAGAGCCCGACUCAGGCGAUGAGGAUUAUCAGAACUCUGCUUCCAUCCACAAGUGGCGGGAGUCCAGAAAGGUCGUAGGGCAAGUCCCAAGAGAAGCACCUCUCUCCCCUGCGGGAAUCCCCGAUGAGGAUGAAGAUGGAGAGCCCGAUUAUGUAAAUGGGGACGUGGCCGCCACGGAAGCCUAGGGCAGACCUGGGAGAAGCCCGGGAGGGCAGCGGAACGCUGACCCCACUGUGCGCCCCUCCCCUCUUGAAACCAGUCGUGCCGAGGGGACGAAGUGCCAGCCAAAGCACGCCCUUUCCUGUAGCCAGCCACGUUCAUCUUCGCCGAGGGGCCAAGGAACCACCGCUCACAGGAAUAGUUACCGUCUCCCACCCGUCACCUCGCCGGAGCAGCUGGACUUCUGGACCCACCACGCUACUCACGGGAGGGGCACCUGCAUGUCCCACGGACCAUCCCUCUGGCCACACGGGACCCGCAAGUUACACGUGGAGCCAGCUUCCCGGGGGCUGGGAAGAGCGUGGCGUGAGCACACUGCGGCCCCUGUAACUGAAUGCCCAGCACUGGGGCAGUGGCACCCCAUCCCCACAUCUAAGCACCGAACAGUACUGGCCUUCGUGUCCUUUUUGCUCUGGGUUUGGAUCCCAAAUCGCUUACUAAUGUCAGUUGCUGGGAUUCUGUGUGAUCGAUAAGUUGUGUAAUUAACUUAUACAGGUGGAGCCAUAUUUAAUGUUCUGCGUUCCAGGGUAGGUUUUGUCUAUCUUGUCUCCUCUAAGCAUUACAUGUUCUGACUUCAGCAGACACUUGGGGCG